GCCGGGCACGGCCGCCCCCGCCCGCCCGCCACGUACGUCUCCCGUCCCGGCUCCUUUCCAUGGUUCCCGGCGUGACUGGAGCCGCCCGCCGCCGCCCCCGCAGCGCGGCGCCGACCGCCGGUGGGAGGAUGCAGCCGUGUGCCGGGGGCUGACGUGCGGAGCCGCCGGCCGCGGGGAGCGGGACCCCCGCCGCCCACCCAUGGUCCCGGCUGGCAGCCGGGGCAGCCCCCCGUGAGGAGGGCCACGGGCACAGCCGGGAGCAGAGCACGCUGAGCCCCCACAGCCGCCCCGCCAUGACCAGCCUGUUCCGCCGGAGCAGCAGCGGCGGCGGCUCCUCCGCCCAGGAGCUCAACAACAGCCGCCCCGCCAGGCAGGUGCGGCGCCUGGAGUUCAACCAGGCCAUGGAGGACUUCAAGACCAUGUUCCCCAACAUGGACUACGACAUCAUCGAGUGCGUCUUGAGAGCCAACAAUGGCGCCGUGGACGCCACCAUCGACCAGCUUCUGCAGAUGAACCUGGACGGCAGCGGCUGUGACGACAGCUCGGACUCGGAGGACAGCAUCCCCCCCGAGAUCUUGGAGCGGACCCUGGAGCCGGACAGCUCGGACGAGGAGCCCCCUCCUGUGUAUUCCCCUCCUGCCUACGAGAGCCAGGCCUUGGGCAGCCGCUACCCCCGUGCCCCACCCACGCCCCCGCCCAGGACAGACGCGCCUGGCCCUGGCAGCACCGCGCACUACAGGAACUGGAACCCCCCGCUCCUGGGCAACCUCCCCGAGGACUUCCUGCGCAUCCUGCCCCAGCAGACGGCCGGCACACAGGGCUCCCACAGCUGCCGGCAGCCCGUGCCACGGGGGCUGGGCCCGCGGGGCCAGGGCUCCCUGGAGCAGGAGCGGCGAUGGAAGCAGUACCUGGAGGACGAGCGGAUCGCGCUCUUCCUGCAGAAUGAAGAGUUCAUGAAGGAGCUCCAGAGGAACCGGGAUUUCCUUCUCGCCCUGGAGAGAGAUCGAUUGAAAUAUGAGUCAAAAAAAUCCAAGUCGACCAGUGCUGCUGUCAGCAACGACUUUGGUUUCUCCUCUGUAUUAUCAGGUGAUGUAGCUCCCUCUGCGACCAGCGAGGCCGGCGGUGCCGUGUCCGACGAUGCCUUAUUCCGAGACAAACUCAAACACAUGGGAAAAUCCACACGCAAGAAGCUGUUUGAACUCGCCAGAGCCUUCUCCGAGAAGACGAAGAUGAGGAAAUCAAAAAGAAAACACUUGUUGAAGCACCAGGUGAUGGGGACAGCGGCUUCCACAGCAAAUCUUCUGGAUGACGUGGAAGGACAUGCAUAUGAUGAAGAUUUCCAAGCACAGCGGCAGCAGCUCCGGGAGGAGGAGGAGACGCCGAAGGCAGGGCAGUAAACGGUCCCAGCACUGGGGGUUCUUGCUGGCACAGGAUGUGCACGAGGCUUCAGCAGGAGAUGGCUGAAAAAGGAAAAUCCCACCCAACAAAUCACCCAGAUUUUGGCUGUUCCCCCUCUGCUGCUGUACUCCUCUGAAGUACAAGUAUCGAAGUGAGGCACAAAGUUUUCUUACCAGUGGUUUGAAAACAACUUUUCCUAUCGAGGAAAUCAGCCAAAAAGGAAAAAAAAAAAGGAAAAAAAAAAAGCGGGCAGCUGCUGCGAGUGGCUGCAGAGGAGCCAGGGGAGCUCAGGCUGGGGAGGAGCAGCCCCACCUGCUCUCUCGGUGCAGGAGGAAUGAAAUCAGUCUGAAAUCAGUUGUACUAACGAGGAUGCACUCACACGUGGGGUCUGCUUGGCCGGAGCACUCCUGAACAUAUCUGUAGUGGUCUGAUGUAACUUCACUCUGCGCACACCGGAACAAAAACCACGUGAGAAAGGGAAGCUAACAGCCGUUGUCUAUUAUUGCUAGGAGUAAUGAGCAGAGAUUCAGAUCAGGUAAUAGUCAAAUAAUAUGAAUUGUUUAUAAAGGAAA